AAAACUCUUCAAUUAUGUCCAACAAAACCAUUCUUGUCACCGGCGGAGCCGGUUACAUCGGCAGCCACACCGUCCUCCAGCUUCUUCUCGGCGGUUACAAGGCCGUCGUCGUAGACAAUCUCGACAAUUCUUCUGAAAAAUCCAUCCACAGAGUCAAGGAACUCGCCGGUGAUUUCGCCGGUAACCUUUCAUUUCACAAGUUAGACCUGCGGGACAGAGAUGGAAUCGAGAAGAUAUUUUCUUCCACAAAGUUUGAUGCUGUCAUACAUUUUGCUGGACUGAAAGCAGUAGGUGAAAGUGUGCAAAAACCACUCCUCUACUAUGACAACAACUUGAUAGGGACAAUUGUUCUAUUUGAAGUCAUGGCUGCCCAUGGAUGCAAGAAGCUUGUGUUCUCCUCUUCAGCCACUGUAUAUGGUUGGCCAAAGGAGGUCCCUUGUACUGAAGAGUUCCCUUUAUCAGCUGCAAACCCAUAUGGAAAAACCAAGCUAUACAUUGAAGAGAUUUGUCGUGAUAUAUACCGUGCAGAACCAGACUGGAAAAUAACACUUUUGAGAUACUUCAACCCAGUUGGUGCACAUCCUAGUGGUAAUAUUGGUGAGGAUCCUCGUGGAAUUCCUAACAACCUCAUGCCUUUUGUUCAACAAGUAGCAGUUGGCAGACGCCCUGCAUUGACAAUUUUUGGAACAGAUUAUAAUACAAGUGACGGAACUGGAGUUCGCGAUUACAUUCAUGUUGUUGAUUUAGCAAAUGGACACAUUGCUGCAUUGUGCAAACUAGACGAUCCUAACACAGGCUGUGAGGUUUAUAACUUGGGAACAGGAAAGGGGACAUCAGUUCUGGAGAUGGUUACAGCUUUUGAACAGGCCUCUGGAGUGAAAAUUCCAGUUGUUAAGGCUGAUCGGAGACCUGGAGAUGCUGAAGUUGUUUAUGCAUCAACAAAAAAAGCAGAAAGAGAACUUAACUGGAAGGCAAAAUAUGGCAUCGAUGAUAUGUGCCGGGACCAAUGGAAUUGGGCCAGCAAAAACCCUUACGGCUAUGGUGAAUCCUGAAGAUUCUUCCAAAACCAUUUGACGUUCAUCAUUUAUUUAUACACAAAAUAAGUUCUCUUUUUGGGUCUUAUAUAAAUUUAGUUAUCUAUAGGCCACUACAAAUUUAGUUUUCUCUAGAGUUAUUAUUCUUUAGCGAUUACAAGAUGGAAAUAACUUUUGUAAUUAUGAAUUAUGAGGUAAAUAAGUAGUGGUAUACUAUAAGUUAAUGAUUCUUUAGGUUCCGGCUUACAAGUUAUUAAAUGAGGAUCUUCUCAUGUUCUUCAACAUGAUUGCAUCCCGUUUUGUAAAUCUUAAUGACAUAUUUUAGAGUGAGAUGACUUGAUGACAGGUAUAGUUUUACCAUUUUACCUUGCCUCUAUAUAUAUUUCUCUCCUA